UACCUACCAGUCAGCCCUAGUUUGUUUGUUUGUUUUGCUUCCUGUUAGUUACUUACCAUACCUGGUAAGGAAAGGAAAGUGGUUCCUUCCCCAUCAAAACCCCCAUCCUUUCCUUACUUUUCUUAACUCUACUCUCAACAUUCUAUAUACAUAUUACACACACUACCCACCAUUUUUAUUAUUCCAAUGAAAAUGGGAGGAGGAACUAUUCUCGGUGUGGUUGUUGUUGUGGCACUGGCAGCUAUGUCUAUGACCAUGGAUGUGGAAGCAGUUGGUGAGGUGGACCAUGUCGUAGGAGGAGAUCACGGUUGGGAUCCCACCUCCGACAUCCUAUAUUGGUCUUCCGACAGAAUCUUCCGGGUUGGAGACCAAAUCUGGUUUACAUACUCUGCGGCACAGGGAUUAAUUGCGGAGUUGAAAAGCAAAGAAGAAUACGAAUCGUGUAACAUGAGCAACCCUAUCAUGAUGUACACGGAAGGUUUGCAUACAGUCCCACUUGACAAGGAAGGAAUGAGAUACUUUGUGAGUACCGAUUCUCAGAACUGUAAGAAUGGGCUUAAGCUUCAUGUUGAGGUUCAGCCCAAGGAGUCGGGCUCACGGGCCUUGCCUGUCGCUCAAACUGUUGUUGCUGAUGGGCCGGCUGCUCCUUCUGGUUCGGCCCGUUAUGGUUACAAUGUGAUUCUAUCAGUAUUGUUAUGUGGUGUUGUGGUGCUUGCUUAUUGAUUGAUGUAAGGUUAUGUUUGAUUAGAAUAAUUAGUUGUAUUGUUAUCGCAUAUUUGAAGACAGAUUAUUUAUGAGUCUUUUGAUAA